AUGGUGCUGAUCAUAGCCGCCUUCAUCCUGCGGGUCAUGAGCUACUCUCACGCCGACUCGCUCAACAUCGGAACGCAGGAGCUGGUCGACCAGAACUCUUUCACGAACCUGCGGGGCCUGGCCGAGAAGGUGAAGAGCGCUCGCCUGAUCAACGCCAUCAACGCCGUGUUCAUGUGGUGCAAGGUGCUCAAGUACUACAGGCACAUGCCGCUGCUGAGGGAACUCAUCCAGGUGAUCUACAAGGCGCUCGGCCUGUUCGUCCCGUACCUGGUCAUGUUCACCGUGGCCUUCAUCGGCUUCUGCAUGUCCUACAACAUAGGUUUCGGGGACAAGAUCUACGAGUUCUCCACCUUCGGCGGGACCGUCGUGUACCUUUGCCGCGCUUUCAUCCGCGACAUAGAGCUGAUGCCCGCGUACGACCUCACCCCAGCAUUCGGG